GUCACUUCUCCAUCUUCUUCCUCUUCUUCAUCUUCACUAGGGCUUACAAACUCAAGAAAGGAAAUAGCAGCAACAAAAAUGGCCUCAACAUUUAUGCAACAAUUUACGAGGAAGUCGAAAACCGUAGCUAAGCGAUCGACAAAGAAGUACUUAGAGGAAGCGCUUUACAGAAAGCUCCUGAAAGGCGGGAGCGAAGAAGAAAGCGUGAGGCAACAGCUGAACGAGUUCUUGAAAUCCCAUAAGUCCGCAUAUAAAUGGGAGGCGGAUCAUUCCCUCAAGCUCCUCCGACAACGCAAGCUCUAUGGCCCUGCCCUCAAGCUGUCAGAAAGUAUGACAAAGAGGGGAAUGAACAAGACGGUUAGUGAUCAAGCUAUACAUAUCGAUCUUAUUGCAAAAGUUAGAGGGAUUGCAUCAGCAGAAACAUACUUCAUCAAUUUGCCUGAAGCAUCAAAGAAUCAUUUAACUUAUGGUGCUCUUUUGAACUGUUACUGUAAAGCCUUGAUGAUUGACAAAGCAGAGGCUCUAAUGGAUAAGAUGAAGGAACUUAAUUUAUCAUUAACCUCAAUGCCCUAUAACAGCUUGAUGACCCUGUACACAAAAAUUGGGCAGCCUGAGAAAAUCCCAUCCAUAAUCCAAGAGAUGAAAACUAGUGACAUUUUGCCUGAUUCUUAUACCUAUAAUGUCUGGAUGAGGGCUCUUGCUGCUGAAAAUGAUAUUACUGGGGUGGAGAGGGUCAUUGACGAGAUGAAGAGGGAUGGUCGAGUCUCUGGAGAUUGGACAACAUAUAGCAACCUGGCAUCAAUUUACGCUGAUGCAGGCUUGUUUGAUAAAGCAGAGAAGGCACUCAAAGAAUUGGAGAAGAAAAAUGCUCGCCGAGAUCUUUCUGCAUACCAGUUCUUGAUCACAUUAUACGGCCGCACUGGAAAUCUGCUCGAAGUUUAUCGUGUGUGGCGGUCUUUAAGGCUGGCUUUUCCUAAGACAGCAAAUAUAAGCUAUCUGAAUAUGAUUCAAGUGUUGGUUAACCUCAAUGAUUUACCAGGUGCUGAAAAAUGUUUCAGGGAGUGGGAAUCUGGCCACCCAGCUUAUGAUAUUCGUAUUGCAAACGUCCUUAUAGGAGCUUAUGCUAAACAAGGUUCAUUGAAGAAGGCUGAAGAGCUAAAGGAACGAGCCAGGAGGAGUGGGGCCAAGGCUAAUGCUAAAACUUGGGAGAUUUUCCUUGAUUACUAUCUCAGAAAUGGGGAGAUCAAACCAGCCGUAGAGUGUGUCGAGAAUGCAAUUAUAACUGGUAGAGGAGAUGGUUCUAAGUGGAUCCCAUCCUCCACAGUUGUAAGAGAACUUAUGGAACAUUUUGAGAAAAAGAAGGAUGUUGAAGGUGCGGAAGGUUUUGUGGAGAUUUUGAAGAAGGCUGUGGAUGAAUUGGGUGUUGAUGUGUUCGAAUCAUUGCUUAGGACAUAUGCAGCUGCUGGAAGAACUAGUCCUAUCAUGCGCCGGCGGAUCAAGAUGGAGAAUGUGGAAUUAAGUGAGCAAGGUAGGAAGCUGCUAGAUGGCAUCUCUGUGGAGUGACAGCUUUCACGUAUAAUUUUCUCAUAGAAUGUUACCUGAAGAGGUGAGGGAAAGGAUUUGCAUUUCAACUUCUUAUCAAAUAGCUGAUGUCUAAGAUGUCAGCUUAGAUGCUGAUUUUUUGGAGGAGGACAUUUGUAGGACUUCUUUCCUUGGGCACUGGGGCCUCUGGAUGCUUAGAGAAUUCUUGGAAACUUUAUGGAGCUACAGAACAGCAAUUCAGUGACAUAAAAUAAACAGCUUUUGGCGAUGUAUUUUUGGUAGCUACAUCUGUAUUGACAUCUGAAGGUUCUGCCCAGUUGAAAUGGCCUUCAGAAGGAAAAUGGAAACAUGUUUCGAACGAACACAAUUACUUUAACAUGGAUUUAUUUUGGGGAUUCAUCUCAUUUUUUCUCUUUACUGUCGUUCUUUUCUCCUCCUCCUCGCUUGGGAGGAGGGUGGGUGGAACACUGGUAUAGGGGGGAUGCACAGGAUGAAGAUAUUGAAUCUUGUGAUUCCUAAUGUAUCUUGAUUGCCCCCUUAAUAGCUCAAGCAUGUACUUUUGAAUUUUGAUAGACGUGUUGAUUGUCUGGAUUUUCAGGUUUUA